AUGUCCUCAGGAGGCAAUUUGCGAAAACAAUCUUCUGUCUACCUCGGAAAGAAGUUUAUUCUGGAUCUGCAAAGACGUGCCUCUGCUGCCACCAACACGGAGACCUUGUACCGAGUACCGUUUUUAGUGCUCGAAUGUCCCAACCUAAAGCUGAAGAAGCCCCCCUGGGUUCACAUGCCGUCGGCUAUGACAGUGUACGCUCUGGUGGUAGUGUCUUACUUCCUCAUCACCGGAGGAAUAAUUUAUGAUGUUAUUGUUGAACCUCCAAGUGUUGGCUCGAUGACUGAUGAACAUGGGCACCAGAGGCCGGUAGCUUUCCUGGCCUACAGAGGCUAUCUGAUGGGUUAGAGUGCCUUUUGAGAUGAAAUCAAUGGAUACUGGAUUUGCUCCUGUUGAUGAAGUUUUAAAGGCUAUACCAAUCCUCUAAUAUGAAAUGUGGAAAAGCAGCAGAGGAAGAAGCAUCUAGUGAAAACAGGAAGCUUAUUAAAGCUUGGACUAGAAUUUCUUCUUGGUAAUAUCAGAGAGACAAUCAUAUCACAGUAUUUUUUCCUGCUGACCUAUGGUAGCAUACCAACAAUGUGAAGUGGCAUUUUCUUUUUAGAUUUUUAUUUCUAGAAGGAAAUAUACUCCAUUUCUACAACUAUAAUAUUGAAUAAAGUGAUUUUUUUUUUUAACAACCCCCUUAACAGUUUUUGGAGAUGGCAUUUCUGAUUUUCAGAAAUUAAUGUAAAAUCAAGAAGCAAGAUCCUGUAACCUGAGAACUCUGGACAAUUCAUCAGCUUUAUCUAUGGUGCUUUGCCUUUAAACAGAGUGUGUGAUAGUUCAUUAUUUCUGAUGUGUAUGUAAGAUUGUUUCCUGAACAAUAAGAUGUAUGAAAGGAGCAGAAAUAAAUAAUUUUUCUAAUU